AUGAGACCGCAGGGGGAGGUUGUGGGCGACUCCGCUAAUGUCCCAAGCCUCUUGGAGCUGGCAGCCCCUUUGGACAAUGGAGCCGAGAGCCUAGGGCGGCCUUUCCCAGGCGCCGCCUUCGCACGAGGCCGCACAUCGAGGUUGCAGAUUCCCUACAAAUUCUUCUCGGACCCGUCCACCAUCAAUGAGAAACGGAAGCAGCGGAGGAUCCGGACAACGUUCACCAGCUCACAGCUGAAAGAGCUGGAGAGAGUGUUUGCCGAAACUCACUACCCGGACAUCUACACCAGAGAAGAGCUGGCUCUCAAAAUCGACCUCACUGAAGCCAGAGUGCAGGUUUGGUUCCAGAACCGCCGCGCCAAGUUCCGCAAGCAAGAGCGAGCGGCGAACUCCAAAGGGCAGAACUCCGGCAACGGGGGCGCCUCGUCCGGCAAAAAGCCCGACCCCCGCUCGUCCUCCGAAGACGACGAGUCCAAGGAAUCCAACUGCAGCCCUACGCCCGACAGCACCGCCUCUCUGCCCACCACCGGCAACUUGAACAGUCCCGGCGGCAGCCUGAGCCCGAGCCCUGGCAGCGGGCAAGGCCUGGGGCCGAGCCACGCCAGCCAGGCCCUGAAGGCUCCCCUCUGGCCCGGCGUGACCACCAGCAACGGGCCCACCAACACGGCCGACCUGCUGAAGGCCUGGCAGCCGGCCGAAGCCAUGCCGGGACCUUUCUCCGGCGUCCUUUCCUCUUUCCACAGGAAACCAAACCCCCUGAAGGCAAACCUCUUCUAACUCCCCUGCUCCGCCGUUUGCCAAUUCCGUUAGGUGUCCCACAAAGGAUUCCCCCCUUCCGUGACUGGUAGCGUCCACAUGGCGGGGGGCCGUGGCCCUCCCUGAAGGAACAACACGACCUCGCGGGAACCGCAGCCGCUGUCUUCUUCAUGUGUGUAGUCAUUUCUAGGCCACCGACCGUCUCGAACUUCCCGAACCUGCCUCAUCUCCUCACACACAACUCCACGGGGGUCUCGUCAGGGGCUGGGCCUGUUUAUCGCAUCUCCCGUUCAUCAGUCUGCGUGGAAGAAUCUCCCUCGCACCGUGGCCACUCGCCAAUUCCCCAUCCCGAAUCACCUUCCUGGGUGGCGAGAGCAAGAAGUUGAUUCUCCCGUAACGCCGUUUUGCUUCUGUUGCCUUUGGACCCCUGUUUGUUUUGAAUUGGGUGGGAAGACAUAAAUCCCAAGAAGCCUCUCGGCUUGCCACCGCGUUGAACAAUGGUGUUUUGUGGUCUCGUUGGAAGAAGUUCUUCGUCCCAUUAAUGUCUGUGUUGCCGUGAUGCCGGAGAAAGAAAAGGAGAAUAAAUUCAUCCCCCAAAGGGCGGCUGUCCCUCAAUCCGCUUACGACAUUCCGCACCGAUUCCAACCCCGUUCUCCAGUCAAGAAGAAGAAGAAGAAGAGUUUGGAUUUAUAUCCCCCCUUUCUCUCCUGCAGGAGACUCAAAGGG